AGUGCAUCGUACAGUUUGGAUGAUAGAGACAUGACUACUUAAACCCAGUUUGACUUGUUAGCACAUAUACAAUUCCUUACUACAUAAACUGUGCUCUAUUUAAGUGUUGUCGUAGUGAAACACAUUUUCAAUUAUUUUGAUUUAUUAAAAUGAGUUUGUGCGCAUUUGAUAUGGAUUAUCGCGUGAAAGCUUCGUUGCUGAUUGUACUUAUGCAUUGUACUUUGUUAACAUUGGCGGACACAGAUCUGGUUGGAUUUCAAAAGGUCCGGCAACAGCUAGACUCUCUAGGGCGGAUACAAAAUGUUGUUAUAUCCGACAAGGGUGUAUUUAUUUGUCGAUUCGGAAUAUGCUAUUAUAGCAGUUUUGAGGCCCUCAAUCGAAGGUUUCCCGGCCUUUUCCCAACUGUGGAGGAUUACCAAAUACAGACGGGCCUACCAUCGCUGUUGUCCAAUACAUGUUCGUACCUCAAAGCACAGAAUACUACGUCGCUCGGGCCCACCAUCGAGACAGAAUGCUCUAAGUUAGCUAUACCAGGGGAUGGGGAUGAUUGUUGUCAGACGUUCAAGUCCAUCGUUCCAUACACAAAUUACAGCAGUUACCGCAUUUUAUAUAAUUUGCAAGGACAGCAGUGUUAUACGCUACAGCUUUUCACGAUUGGUACAUGCGGGGAUUAUCCAGCAUCCAAUGAGUGCGCGAACUGUUUGCAGGACACCCACCUAAUGGCGUUGUAUGCCUACAACUACGUGACAAUGAGCGUGGGCUUUAACAAUUUUCAAAUACAAUCUUAUUGUUCUUGCAAGGCAUUGAGUUAAAAACAGAAGCAGCGGUUUGUGUCUCCCGGCUUUAUGUUAGAUUUCCAGUUUUGACUUGCCAUCUAAUUUAGUUGCUAAAUACAUUUAGUAUGUUUAUGUAAAUGUAUUUGUACAAAGAGUAUGUUAAAAACAAAGACAUCUAUGAAGUAGUCUGGUUGAAGUCCAAUUAAAGUUUAACAUUAUAAGAUUUAGAAUACAGAUUUGAAUUAAAUUUUAAGUACUUUUUAUUAUUGAUAUUAAGUCUUUAUGUAUCCUUUGUGAUAAGAAAGAAUUGUAUUUGUAUGGACAUCUUUUAAAUCGAAAAUACUUUUCACUCCAUAUGCUUAUAAGCACAUGCUUGGUUUAUACGCUUGUUUGGCAACGUUUAAUAGCCCGACGUUUUCAAUAAAAGUUCAUAAGAAACAUCGUAAACAUGUUUCAUCGUCAUGGCAAGAAAACAGCUCUACCGACUAUAGCCUUUGAAGAAUGAUAUAUGACAACAUUUAACCAAUUUAUGUCAAGCGUCUAGACAAAAGGCCUUGGCAAACAGCGCAUGAUGCGGCAUCUCAUCAGUGUCUGCGCUGAUUGCUUUAAAAAAAUCUUUAAGACAUAUUCUAAGUAUAGAUAUUGAUAUACUAGACAUCCCUUAUUUUGGAAAUAAAUUGAUCCAAUUAAGAAGGAUGGGAGAGUCCACUAAGCAUAAGUGCGUUAAAGAUGAACGAGGAUACAUUGUUCAUCCACACAUGAAACGGAUUUACCAUAAAAUAGAGCAAACAAAGAAGCUCAAUAAACUCUAUCGUGAGAGAAA